AUGCCUGUCGUCUCGCGUCUCGUUUCAAUCGUCCUGCGUGUCGCAGAAAUCGCCUUUGCUGCUGUCGUCGCUGGUCUCAUCGGCUACUAUCUCCACCAGUUCCGCCAUGUCGAUGCUUGGCCACAGGCAAGAUGGAUCUAUACCGAAGUCGUCGCCGGCUUAUCCAUGCUUCUCGGCCUGAUCUGGCUCAUCCCAUUCUCGUCCGGCUUUUUCUCCUGGCCAUUUGACGUUAUUAUCUCCCUGGCCUGGUUCGCGGCUUUCGGCCUUCUUGUUGAUGCCAUCCACAAGUUGAACUGCGGCAGUAUCUGGCAAUGGCAUUUCGUCGGCGACCAUACCACCUGUGGUCGCUGGAAGGCCGCUGAGGCCUUUAGCUUUCUGUCCGCGAUUGUCUGGAUGGCUUCUGCUCUGGUGGGUCUCUGGUUCACUUUCCGCGUGAGAGGCGCCAAUGCCGAUGGGUACCAUGGCCGUCGUCGCUUUGGUCGUCGCUCUGCCGUCUAA